UUAUUGGCAAUCAAAGCCUGCAUACGCAAGAGAAACCAUAGACGGGACUCUAGUCGAGAGUAGUGGGUGUUAUUAUCGCUGUUUGUUCUUUGUGGCAAAUCAGUCAAGUAUCGUGCAGUUGACGCGACAAGUUCGAAUUCGCGCGCGACUUGGAUGAUCUAGAACAACAAGGCGUCGGUGCAGCCUGAUAUGCGCUAGGAGAUUUUGCAUUAGAAUUACACUGAAGACAUUCGCUCGGAUCGAUAAGAAAAAUAAAUGACUACGAUGUCGUCGGACUCGGACAGAGGCUCCGACGUCGCGCCAACUAGCCUACAGGAUGCGAUUGAGCAUUUUGAAGCUGUUGCUUUUAUUCCCUCGAAGCAGCGAUACACGGAUGCUGGCCAGCUGGCCAAAACAAUAGCUACACGCGCCUACGAGAGCGGGAUUUCUCGGCUUGGCCUCGAACGACUUAUUAAAGUCCUCACCAAGAGCAACCAUCUUGAUCAAGGAACAAUUACCACUCUGGUCAAGAACUUAUACCCGCAAGAACGGAUAUCCUCAAAGAUCGUUACCCAAGUUGUAUGCUGCCUAGGACCUGCCAAGACAAAGCCCAGUCCGGCGACGCAGGCUCUGCUUCUGCGAUGGCUGAUUCUUGUAUACGAUUUUCUGGAUGAUAGGUCCCACCUGUCAAAGCUCUAUGCGGUACUCUUCAACCAUCUUGACAUGAUAAGCUUGCGAAAGCCUCUGUGCCACCUGCUCUCGCUUAUCACCAGGCGCAAACAUGUCAAACCUUUCAGGAUCCAGGCACUGAUGGAGCUUCUCGGUGCUUCUGGGGGUGACGAUAAAGAGCUCCUUACUCUACUCAGGGCUUUCAAGAACUACUGCCCGGAUGUCAUUGUGGGCGAUUUUGGGCCUUCAGGGCGAAAGGCAUUGUUCUUUAAACACCCUGAUCCUGAGUGGACAGCUCACGUGAGACAGGUCCAAGAAACGCAUUUGGAGAAGCUUCAGGCUACUCAGCCGUCAAAUUUCCAGGUAGUGCAUCGCGGACUCGUCAAGCGAGGGAAAAUGGAGGUUAUUGUGCCUGAUGUCCAAACAUCGCGCGUUUCAUUAUACCAUACCGCGUUGGAGGAGUUGCGCAGUGUGGAACACUUUGUCGAAAGACUUGAUCGCAUUGAACUCCCUAACCAGAUAAUAUCCAUGAUGGGAGACGCUUUGGCUCAGAAGUAUCUCUUUCUGGCUCAGCCCGAGGCUGCACACCAACGUCUGAAUGAUUGGCUGAAAGGCUUCCUUGAUGGUCAAUUAGAGCGCAUCCAGAAUCAUGAUCAAGAAGGGCUAGAGUCGCUCGGAUACAUUCUAAACCUUGCACUGAACUAUGCGCAAUAUACAAAGGAAAUACCCCACGCCUUGCUCUCAUUCCUGCAACAACAUGUCCUUCUGUGGAACGGCUAUGACAAUCAAGAGAAAGUGCUCCAUUUACUAUCAUAUUUACCUCUCCAAGAAUAUGAACCCCUGCGGCAGGAGUUCUUACACCAUGUGGAGGCCUCAGUAUUAGACGGCACGUCUCACUCUCAAUCGGUUCUUCUAGACUUCUACUCUUUGUUGAUCCGUCGAUGGGGUGUGCGCCUGAGAUCUCAACCCUUCAGCGCCCAUGAGUAUAAGCCACUGGGCCGCCUUAUCUCACACGCAGAACUCUUGGCUUUGUCGAGUCUUGAGUCUACAAUCCAGCCUACAGCAGACGGCGGAAGUGAAAGGCCAAAGCCUGCUACAUUGUCCGUCCUUGAUUUCUACUGCACCUUGGCCGAAUUAUUUUCGCACGCAUCGUCGAAUGGCAGCAUCCGUCUUACGAUUCCUCUCGCUCCAACAGUCUACACCCUUGUAUUCACCCCGAUUAGCUCGGUUAUAUCGAUCAUGAGCUCAGUCCUUGCAACCUACAAGUCGUCAUUCGAAGCUUCCCUCACAUCUCCAGCGUUGCAGGUCCCUCACUCGACCGACUCACUAUAUCCGACAGACCUUGUGGGUCAAUUCAAUGGAUACAUAAUGGAUAUCUGCAAUUUGCUUUGGCGCAACCGCGGACUCAACUCGGAAGACCCCAAUGCACUAGGUUGCCUGAUUCCGGCGCCCACAGUCAACGCCCUCACUCGGUUUAUCCGCAAUAUGAACGAUAACUCACGGGACAAAAAGCGAGAAGCCAAUUUCUUGUUCACCAUCUCAUCUGUAUUUUCUCUGAGUCACCAUGUCGCUCUAUGUAAUUUGUCGGCAGCAUGUUUUGCAGAUAUUGAGGAGGAUAACGGCAUUGACGAGAGUAAACCAAAACUACAAAGGCCCGUGACUCAGAAAGCACUCAGUGCCCUCGAAAAAGAGGGCGGCGUGAAGCUGACCUGGCAGGAGUACCGUGUUCGGAUGCUCGACUGGUUGGAUGCGACAGGAAAUGUCGGGAUUGGGAAUUUGAUGCGCAGCACCAUGAAAGCAUUGAGAAAGGAAUGAUUGCUCUAGAUUCCAACGUCAUUAGUGCACACUAGAUGGUGACUGCCUCUAAGUAAG